AUGCCAGGGCUCGUUUUCAAUGAAAGCCUACAGAAGUUUGAUGACAUAAUCGGAACACUAGACUGGGUUUACACACAUGUUGGAGCUGAAUUGAAGCUUGAUGUAUGGUCUUCUCCUUAUCUUAAACGUGGAUUUAACGUCUCAGGGUUCCAUAUGUUGGAGACUUACCUUCAUCUAGUAGAUGGGUUCCACAGUAAAACCUCAACAUUUAGGUCUGAUGCUAGAAGGGACAUUGCUUUGGUGAACAAGACCUAUGACAUGCUUGUGGAUGAACUGAGGAUUCCUCAUUUUUUGUACCAACAGACCAACAAGGGACUAGAAUGCAAUGAACAUUGCAGGUGGGUUAAACCCAAAAGAGACUCAGAAGACAUACCUUUGCCUACCAGUGAAACACACACCCACGUAUUUGAGAUGCAGGAGAAUUAUGGCCUUAUACCAUUGUUCAGUUUAUAG